AUGUCUCCUCAAAGCCCCGCCCUAUCGCCAAAGCCAAAGAAGUCGGGGACCGUUGACGCGCAAGCUGUGAAAGACUUUUUCACUCAGCUGAAGGCGCUGGCUUCUGCUGUGGGAUUCGAUGCCGUUGUAUCCAUUCAUAAUGAAAACAACAAAUUGCGCGACCAGGUAUCAACCAAAGACCAGGAGAUUGGACGACUGCAGAGCGAGAUGGCUGCGCUGGAAAAGCAGAAGACAAAAGAGCUAAGGGAGUUGGCUGAGUCCAACAAGGAGAAGAUGAGCGAACGAGAUAAAACAAAGGGUAUAGCGCUCAACGUCAUGUUUGAGCAUAAUGAGAAAGAGAGGACCAGCCACAAACAAACCCAGGACCGUGUUCACUCUCUUGAACACACCAUCAAGGAAAAGGAGACGCUCAUUUCCCAGCAGAAUCGAAACACAGAUGAGCUCAAGGAGCAAGUGGACAAUCUCAAAUUGGACAAUGCCAACCAAAGAGGACAGCUGUCAAAGGCUCAAAAGGACUACAAUAUCUUGCAGCAGCAACUCAAGGAGAGAGACGCCACCAUUGACGCGAUGAAGGCGACAGGCGCAGGCUUGGAAGGGAGGUUAUCCGCCUCGAAUAAGAAGAUCAAAGAGAUGGAAGCCGAUUCACGCAAACUGCAGAAGACGCUGGCAGAAACCAAGGCACACCUGGCGAAAAUUGAAGGGUUCGCGGCUGGACACAUGGAAACCAACGAGGAUUCGUUGCUUUCAAAUUACCUGGACCUCUGGGAAUAUGCGAAGACUGAGCUGUAUUCGCAGCUGAAAGCGGACCUUCCCAACGAUGCUCUACGCAACCCCACAGCAUGGGAUAAGCUUCGACAGACUGAAAUGGCUCGUGAGAGUCAAAUUCCCCUCCCAUGCUCCAACACGUCGGCAGCAAAGCAAAUGCGGCUUGCUUUCAUCCUCGCCGUACUGGCCCGAGAGAUUGACAAGUACAUCUUCCAGCCAACAUUCAUCGCACCAGCGGAUGAAGACAACAGACUCCGAAGAGUCCUCAAAAACGAGGCUGCGAUCAACAGCGAGAAAGAAUCAUUUUGUCGAUCGGUUCUCUUAUCGAUGGGUCAAGAUACCCAGACAAUGGCAUGUUCGGAGAACGUCCAGAUCGUGGUCCGCAAUGUGCUCGCAUACGUAGAUGCACUCCUCUCCGAAGAACAACGCUACACAUUCCAUAAAAGCCUCAACAACGUCGUGCAGAAGGCGUCUGAAAUCUGGAAACCCAUCCAAUGCAGCCGCCGCCGGUAUGAGCCAGAUUUCGAGCCGCCUAUAGCUGACGACGAGUGGUCGCCGUUUGUAUUUCCCGGGUCUGAUAAAGCAACCGCGGAGAAUGGUGCCAGCAAGAAAACCGCAAACUGCCAUUCGAUUUCUGUGUUCCCCCGUCUGUCAGUCAUAGAGAACGAGGAGAGUAUUGCUUACACUGCUAUCUACCAGUUGAGAAGCUCUCAAAACCAGUGGGUGGCUGCGGGCCGGGAGAUGGUUCAAGAGCCGUCCAGUCCUACGAUCGGACGGGGUUUCUUGCGACGAACAAUUGCAAAUCAAAAGAGUCUGACUAUCCCACACGGAAGUUCGAAGAAGGGUGGAGGUUAG